AUUUUUCUUUGCUAGGCUAGGCCCUCUUUACAUUCAUUAUAGCUAGAGUAGAUCGAGCACAAGUACCACCGGCAGAGCUCAGAGCAAGGAUUUCUGUGUACUACAGGAUUGACUUGGGAUUGAAGAAUGGGUCUACUGUCCGCAGGUACGCCCCUCACCUGGGAAGAGACGAAGAAGUACACUGAUCAUGUCCGCAAACAUGGUAUCCAACAAUUCAUCAACCUCUACUACAAGCUUAAGGACCGCCCUUGUGAUACGCUCAAAUGGGGAGAUGAGAUUGAAUACAUUGUGGUAAAGCAAGACCAUGAGAACAAGAAAGCUAGAGUGUUCUUAGUAGCUGAUCGUCUUCUUCCUGUUCUACAAGAGCUUGAAAAGAGUCAACCAAGCGAGACAAAGACCACAUGGGCACCUGAAUAUGCCAGUUACAUGGUUGAGGGGGUACCAGGCAAGCCAUAUGGGGGUCUCAUGGCCCAUUUCAAUACUGUAGAAGCCAACAUGAAACUCAGACGACAACAAGUAUUGAGCUUACUAGAUGUUGAGCAAGGAGAAACAUGCCUUAGUAUGACUGUCUUUCCAAGGCUUGGUUGUCCAGACUUCUCUGUACCUAAAUAUACUCCAAACCCAACUGAUGAGGGUGUCACCAAGUCUAUUUUUCUUCCAGAUGAAAUCAUUCAUAACUCACAUCCAAGGUUCAGGACAUUGACCAAGAACAUCAGGAAAAGGAAAGGAGAGAAGGUGGCCAUCAAUGUACCAAUUUUCAAAGAUACCAACACUCCAAGCCCUUUUAUAGAGAAGUUUGACAAUGACUACGAUGGUGAGUCCGCAAGGGCUGCUAAACCAGACCAUAUCUACAUGGAUUGUAUGGGAUUCGGUAUGGGUAACUGCUGCCUCCAGACCACCUUCCAAGCUUGUAACAUCACCGAAGGAAGGGCACUCUAUGAUCAGCUUACACCGCUUACACCAAUACUGAUGGCUCUGAGUGGAGCUUCUCCAGUGUUCCGUGGGUAUCUCUCUGAUGUAGACUGUCGAUGGGACAUCAUCUCAGGCUCGGUAGAUGAUAGGACGCGAGAGGAGAGGGGUCUUGAGGAGCUGAAAGAGAAUCGUUUCCGGAUCCCCAAGUCACGGUACAGCACGGUGGACUGCUACCUCUCACCAGCAGGAGAUAGAUACAAUGAUACUGAUCUGGUUAUAGAUGAAGAUCUAUGUCAAGACAUGAUCAAUGCUGGUAUUGAUAGACAGCUAGCCAGACACGUAGCACAUCUGUUCAUCAGGGAUCCGGUAUCACUCUUCGGUGAGAGGAUAAAUCAGGAUGAUGCAAAUGACUCCGAUCAUUUUGAGAACAUCCAGUCUACUAACUGGCAGUCGAUGAGAUUCAAACCACCACCUGUCAACUCUAAGAUUGGAUGGAGAGUAGAGUUCAGACCUAUUGAAGUGCAAUUAACAGACUUUGAGAAUGCAGCGUACGUUGUAUUCCUGGUUCUCUUGACCCGUGCCAUCCUGACCUUUAACAUCAACUUUCUCAUCCCGAUCUCAAAGGUGGAUGAAAACAUGGAGAAAGCACAGAAGAGAGAUGCAGUACUCAACCAACAGUUCUACUUCAGGAAAGAUAUUCAUUCAUUCAACGACACUGAGCUGCAGACAGACAUCGGCAACUGCAGGGAUGCUGAGUACUAUGGCAGCAUGAGCAUCGACACGAUCAUUAAUGGAGGCCCAAUGCCUGGAUGUGAGGAGGCACGAUUCCCUGGUCUGAUCCCAUUGGUUUAUCAGUACAUCAAUACGGUGGAAGGGGUAGACGUGGACACCAGGUGUACUAUAUCACAUUACCUGAAGCUCAUCUCAGACAGAGCUGCAGGUCGACUGAAGACCACAGCCCGAUGGAUCCGUGAUUUCAUCCACACUCACCCCGACUACAAACAUGACUCGGUCGUCUCUGACCUUAUCAACUAUGACCUGAUUAAAGAAUGUGACCUCAUCACGAGGGGCAAGGUCGAAGCCCCAGAUCUCUUUCACACGCAGACAUCAAGAUCAAGCGACGAUAUCCCCGAAUCCAUACAGAUUGUUGAAACACAAAUAGACACUAACUGAUCGACCUAUCAAGGACCUGCGUAUCUUCCUUUCGUUAAACUUUUAUACAAAUUAUAUGUAAUGAUAGAUAUAUGAUUAAAUAUAGAAUAUAUAUGUGUAUGUGUGUAUAUUUUGUUUUAUAUUCAUGACAUAUCCAUAGGGUGAACUUGCAUUUACCAUUAAUCAUGAUCAACUCAAUUGGGGUGUAUUAUUUCUAAUCCUGUACUUUGAGUACAGAUUAAGAAAGAUUUUAUUAUGAUUAUUAUUACUUUAUAUUAUCAUGUGGAGAGUGAUCUCCUGUGUUUCUCUAACUAAUCUCCUCUCCCCCCCCCCCCCUACUCAGUAAUAUUUAGGGUACAUGUAUGCAUGUUCCCUCUUUUUUAAAUCACUCCACUAUCUCCAGUGUGAAAGUCGAUGGCAGGCCGGACUUUGUCGCACAAAAAAGUAUCGGUACCCCUUUACCGGAGAUUUUGGGAACAUGCAUGCAGUCCCUUUGACCCUGGAGUGGGGGGGGGGGGCACUAAUCUAGAGUCUGCAAUAUAUGUUUAAAGGCCAAUCAUACUAGUAAAGUGGGGUCUUUGUCUGCCUUUGUAUUGCAAGUAAAACUUGUUCAUAAUCUAAUACCUAAGAUGUGUGAAGACACCAUUUUGAUAGACUAGCUGUGUGGAUUCCAUUUUAACAUUCAGCUAAUCAUUAUGGCUACUCACAACAAAUGUCAUGUCUAACGCUUUUUGAAGAAAUAUGAGAUGGUUAUACAUGUACAUGUAUGUUUUGGUCAGCUCACUAUUUCAAAGGUCAACAAGGGCAGUGUUUAUUUAGACGUUUUGUUACUGUUAGCACAUUAUUUAGAACAAUUUCUACAGGUUUCUUACUUAUUUUCCUUUAAAAAUCACCCUGUAUGUGCAUUGCCAUAGAGAUAAUUUAAAUUUGUUUCGUCAAGAUUCACCACUUCACUCGAAAUCAAUUGUGAUGAUUCUGUUUCAUUUUUUUGUAGAAUUCAUUGUCCAACUAUUUGUUGAUUUUGUGUGCAUGACCACAGUAAUUUGAAUGGAUGUAAAGGUAAUUUGAUCAAUGGGCUGAGUUAAUUAUCCAUACAAAAAUGUAUUUUCAUUCCAUGCCACCCUGCAAUAUUCACGCAGCUGUGUAUCUGAUCAUGAACGGUUGUACAACAGCAAAUUGAAUUUUUUAGUGGUAUAAAUAGGAUAGUUUUAUGGAAAUGAGGUAUUUUGAUUAUCAUAGCGAAGAGCAUAUUCAUGGUAAUUGUUUUAGGCUUGGUAUGUGGUUGUCUAAUGAUAUUUUAAUGGAUUGAAAUGGGUUAUAACAAAAUAUUGCACAAAAUGUUGCAAAAUUAUUUACUUUACUUGUAUCAAAGAGAACUGUUGCUGAGCUAGCGCCAUGAGCGUCCCUGGACGAUGUGUGCGCUCUAUAAGUUUACACUAUUAUUAUUAUUAUUAUUUAGGAUCAUUUGGAUGACAAGGGCAGAGGUCAAAUACAACAUAUAUAUAGUAGAAAUGUUAUUUGGGGAAUAGUUAUUGGUUAUAAACACUGUAAUUACCAAUAUAUAUUUUUUUUUUGUGGGAGGCUCUUUGUCAACCUUGACUAACUCUUAUUUGUUAGUCACCUGAGAGGUAAUGUAUUUACUUUCUGUUUAUGUAGUAGAAGGAAAUUGUGCCAUAAAUUUGUUAUGCCUAUAAUUAAAACAUUUGCAAAAAAUGCAUAUGGGCCACGACAUAUGCUAAAAGAUUGAAUUAAAUAAUAGAGAUUUGUGAGAUAAGAAUGAUUUUAAUUAAAACUCAGAAGGUCAAAGAUCUGAAAUGAUGAUUUAUAUAAUGAUAAAUAUUUUUUUAAUUUCUAUAUAUCAAAGACAUGAAUUCUUUCACUUGGUAACAGCAGAUUGUGUUUUACAUGAUAGUGAUAUGAGGUUUAGAAAUGUCAUAUUGCAAUUUAUAGUGUACCAAUCAUCUGAAAUUAUUUUGUUCUGUAUGUUUGUCAUUUCUAGCCUGAUACUAUGUUCAAAUAAGAGCUUCAAAUAUUACUUCUCUAAAGGGAUUUUAUAAGUUUACACACACUCUCAAAUAACCUUAGAGCGACUUGUCAGUAGACUACUCGACACACCAGCAUGCACUCGCAUACAUUUGGCCCAGCUACUUUUUUCAGCACACAAGGAAUAAUCCAACCCCAGAGACCAAUUCACCGCAACAGGGUUGAGUGUAGUAAAUUUAUAUUAUUGCCUUGCCAAAGAAAUGAGUACAGUGGCAGGCAGGUUCAGUACAUGUACACAUCUAUGUAUCUCAGGAAUGUCUUUUAUGUCCUAAAUUGGCACCCACAAACGUCCAUUCAUUCAUUGAUUGAUACACACUGUAUAUGGUUGUGACAUGUACCAGUAAUUGAAACAAAUGAAUAUUUUCUUGAACUGUUUUAUAAUUCAUGAAGUACGUAUCAUGUUCUAACAUUUCUAUAUAUAAAUUAAUGUUGAUUAUGUAAUAAUGAA